AUGGCCAGUCCUUAUGAUCAACAUCCAGCAUGCGGGACCUGUCGCAAGAAGUGCCGCAAAUGCGACCGGGCACGCCCCUCUUGUCGGAGGUGUCAGGUCAAAGGUCUCCCGUGCGAAGGCUACCCACCAAAAUACAUCAUCCUCGAGGAGCCGUCUUUACAACGACAUCAACGUGCUGAGAACCCCGGCCCUGGUCAACACACCAGUUCAGAUACCUCGACUGCUGUCGAGACGAGGGUCUGCAGCGCCCUGGCAAUCGAGGCCGGCCAAACCACGAAUCCAUACAGAGCGUAUAUUCUUCCUCUGGCACACCGAGAUCUUGGGACGCUCCAUGCAGUCUUAGCGCUCGCAUCAUGCCACCAACACUCCUUAGAAACUCAGAGGUCGGCGAACAAAAGAAAUUCUGCCGCGAUGAUUGAGCACCAACUCGCUGGGAUGCAGUCACUUGGCUCCCUGCUGAUCAGAGAGGAAUUGUACGGGCUCAACACGGAAGAGGUCGAUAUCCUUCUCGUCACGGUACUCCUCCUUGUUCUCUACGACAUAUCUGAGUCGGGAAUUUCCUCACAUGGGGUGCAUCUAACCGGCACCGCCUACAUCUGCCGCAAAAUCUGCCAACAACCGACAGCAACGGUUUCCCCACCUACGGCUUUCCUGAUAACCACCCUAGCCUGGCUGGAUCUACUCCGAGGGUUCAGCGGGGCCGAGAAAUUGGCCUACGAUGACGGCACACACCAGCACAUCCGAGACACAUCCUGGGAGGCCGCGGAACGAUUCUUUCGAACUUGGGACGCCGAUGACGAGAAGAGAGCUGCCCUAGGUUCUGAACAAAAGGCCCUCGCUGAGGCGUACCGCCACACGUGUAUCAUCCGCGUCCUACGCUUCCCCGACACUUGGCGGAUUCCAUGCGAGGGCCCAAUGAUCGCAGCGUCAGUUGUGGGGAUCCUCGACGCAGCCGCCAGCAUCCCCACAGCAUCGCCCUGGUUCAAGCGGCUCCUGUUCCCGCUGUUUAUCGCGGGCGCCGAAACGUCCGUGCCGCGCCAGCAGCGACUCCAAUCGGGGUAUAGACGUGCUCGGAGGAUCUAGUCCGGCAACAUGAUUAUCUCUUCUUCGAGUCGAUGCUUGUCGGCAUUGGUGCCAAUUGCG